AUGGACGAACAACCCACUUGGGACUGGUCCUCGCUUCGAGAUAGGGCUACCGCAUGGACAUCAGGUACCGAUUCUGGUGCUGAAAGCGCGAACCAGACCGGACCAUCGGGUUCACAAAGCCAAUCCUCUCAACAGCCUCGCGAUAACCCCAAUGCGCGAAGAUAUGGCCCACGUUCAUGUCGCAUAUGUCUAGACACGGAACAGCCAAAGUUUCCAACGGAUACUACGACUACAUUUGGCAUCUCGCCAACUUCGUCUCGUCCAACAUAUGUCUCUGAUGACCCCGAGUUAGGAAGACUCCUUUCCCCUUGCAAGUGCAAGGGCUCGCAGAAGUAUGUUCACGAAGGAUGCCUCAAUGCCUGGCGAUUGGCAAAUCCAACCGCUACACGCAACUACUGGCAAUGCCCCACGUGCAAAUUUACGUACCGCAUGUCCCGUUUGCACUGGGCCGCGAUAUUGAGUAGCAGGGUGGCCCAGAUUGCCCUCACACUGUUCAUUCUGGUUGUGAGCAUCUUCAUUCUAGGAUUCAUUGCUGAUCCUCUUUUCGAUUUGUGGUAUGAUCCUUUUGGCACCCUCACGGACACUGUUGCCGGCGUCAUAAACGACAUCGAAGCUCGGAAUGAGCCGGCCUGGGAGCCGCCCGUCACUUGGGGCGAGCACUUUGCGAAGGGCUUCUUCUCGCUUGGUCUGGUGGGCUUCUUCAAGACCAUGUUCGCCAUGACACCAUGGCAAUGGUUUAACCUCCGCAAUACCGGAGUGUUGGGGGGCACGGGGCGACGUCAGGGCACAGGCCGAGGUCGAGUUGAGAACAUGAGUUGGUUUCUCAUUCUCGUCGGAGCCAUUACAUUCCUCAUGGGCAUUUGGAAAUUUGUGAAGCUGCUGAGUGCUCGAGUACUCAAAAAUUUCAGUGACAAGGUUCUUGAUAUUAAUAGUGAUGAUGACGAUGGUGAGGACGAGGAGCCCGUCGCCAAUGACCAUCAGGGGGGCAAGACAGAGUAA